CGCCAAAUUUCAUUGCGUUUCCCUUUUUGCAGUUUUGUGAUCGGCUGGCCUUUAGCGACGUGCAAAACUUGUAUUUCAGAUGCACCGCCACGCAAUCUGGUUCGUAAGUGGUGUCCCGCCUGCGGUGCAUUGUUGGAAGAUGUGUGAGGGAUGCAGAACAAAGUUGCUACCGCAGCCGUGCGUCUGAAACAAAAGUUUUGCAAAUCGCCAAAGGACAGCCAAAGGAAAAUGUCUUAAAUGUGAAAGUUGCUAUCGUAGCCCCGCACCUUAACAUUUAACAUUUAAAAGGUCUGGUCGUUCUAUGCUGCCUCGUUGAUGCUGCGAUUCGUUACCGAUUGAUUCCGAAACCCUAGAGCAACUUUGUACAUACUUGCGGUUUGCGUGUAGCCCAGUGCUAGGCCACGUGCUAAUAAGAAAGAACAUAGGAGUGUGACCCUUCACGGGUGGUGAGACAGUAAGCGGAGCGGCAGUGAGAGGGCACGGUGCAUCAUAGAUUCGCACGUCGACUCCAACCACGUCCAACCCGCGACACAACAGGCAGACAGACGAAGGACGAUCGUGUGCUGGACUGACGGAACCAUUUCGGCGGGCCCUGAACACCCUGUAUAUUAUAAUACGCAAUCUAUACUUAACAGCAAAUGAUGAGUUACGAAGAGUCAUUAAACAAUUACAGAGAAAAAGGUUCCUUAGAAUAAGUUGAUGCAUUAAGCGUUCUAGCAUUAUGGGAAUAGAUCGUUAGAUGUACAUGAGUGGGUCAAAGAUACACAUAUGGACAACCACAACCACAAACACACACACACACACACAUUCCUGGUACCACAGGCCAAGCGAAAGCUGACCUUACGGUUCAACGGUUCUGGUUUAUGCGUAAAGAGGCCUAUACACGGUUCAAUAAUAUUGGUUCACGAUUAUUGAUGACAUAUUUGCAUGCGGAAUUCGCCCACAAAUGGUAAAUAAAUUGACGUAGCCUAUGUUGCGCCUAUUGAUAAAUAUUGAGCAGUGAUAUUGAAGCGUGAACGGGCCACUUUAGACGAAUCCACGCAUGCUAAAAAAAAACACAAACACCCACAGUAUCAGUAGGAACGGCUAGCAAAAGGGGAAGCGAGGGAAAGAAAAGGUAAAACCCAAAAAAGAAGAAAAAAAACCAAUCAAACCUAGUUAGUGAACAAAUGAAACAAUUGUAGCAUAAAUACCAAUGCGUAUUAGUAUGUGCGUAAAGGGGGAGAGGGUACAAGUUUUCCGACAAGUUUCCAUCAAAGAAAAAAGAAAAACAAUCCGAAAAUAGUAGGCAUAAAAGCAGAACCUUCUACCCACAAACGGACCUCCCUAAACGCCCCUCUCAAACCCCACCCAAUCACCUGGCCAUUGCUGACCAUUUCCAUCACAACUGUUGCCUGUGUUCCUCUCUGUUUGCAUAUGCAACCCCCCACCUCUCUCUCUUCUCUCUCUCUCUCUCUCUCUCUCUCUCUCUCUUUCUCUCCCUCUCUUUCUCUCCCUUUCUCUCCCUCUCUCUCUGUAGAGAAUAUAUCAUUUCGAAGUGAGGACUAGUCUAGUCAGCAGUUGUGUGAAUGUGUUGUGUUUUUUCGCUGCUCCUUUUAGCAAUUGUUUAGGCAACGACAUAAGCACUACCCAUAUUACAGCGAAUACCUAUACUUUCUUAGCAAAACAAAUAAAGCAG